AUGCAUAAUGAAGAGAUAUCACAGAAUAUUAAUAAUAAUCUAUCUAUGGAAUGGAGUGUAGAAUGGUCUAUGAACUUGACUCAAGAUCAAACUACUAUAAAUUUACCAAACGUUUAUAAUAAUAAUCCACUCAUAGAAUGGCCCGCAAGCUUUAAUCAAAAUAGGGCUAAUAAUAAUCUACCUAUUGAAUGGUCUACAGACUUUACAAAUAAUAAUCAGUCUAUAGAAUGGAAUGCAA